AGGAAGGGUGACAUUCUAGGCUGCAACCUUUGCCCGGACAGUGUCUUUAUUUUCUCAGAGGGAGCUGAGGAGGAAGACAAAAACAGCGGCUGAGAGUCAAGUGGAGGAGAAAAACACCUGUUCUGUUUGUUAUCCUCUUGUGUACAGGACAACAGCGAUGGGCCGGUGGAGCUGCAGCCUCUUUGCUAUGUUUGUUCUCUGCGGCGCUUUCGUCAGAGAAGCACAUCUGGUUGCUGUACCUGCUGUAGAGGGGCAGAAACCCCCUAACCUUCUGGCGGAGACAGAGAGCUCAAACAAAACUCUUAAUCAAAACACAGCUGGGACAGAUGACAGCCCAAAGUCUCUGGAGUGGUCCUAUCUGGCUGCAGGACUUGGCACAGUCCUCACCAUCUCACUCUUCGUCGUGAUGGUGGUCAAGUUCCGCGUCUUCCAUCGCUUCCUAGCCAGCUACAGGCACUCCCUGCUCCAGGAGUCUGACGGGGUCAGCCAGUAUGGCCAGGAGGAGGCCUCCUUCCCUAGCAGCGUGAUGGGCAGAGUGGGGAUGGACCGAGGGACCGGAAGAGAACUGGAGGAAGAUGACGAUGGCUUCAUUGAAGAUAAUUACAUCCAGGCCAGCGAGAAACACAGGGCAGAGAUGGAGAGAGAGGAGGAGGGGGAGGACGAGGAUAUGGAAGACAGCGACGAUGAUAUUCAGUUCACUAUAGGCUGAUUAGAUAGAAGGAGCAUGACGGAGACGAAAUUAUAUUGUAGAGAUUUUGAUUCUGAAACACGAGUGCUUGUGACCUCCUGUCACACCAUGCACGUGUCUUUGAACUGUGUGUGGUUCCACUAAAGAUAACUGUCUUAGGCCUGAAUAGUCACAACUAUAGAUAUCACGAGAUAAAACAAUGACACACAUCUUUCAAAAUUUACAUUCAUUUUUCGCUCUGAUAUCAUCCCAUGACCCCCUUGAAAGGACUGAUUCAUAGUUUGGGAAACGCUGAAAAUGUGCAGUCGAUGAUACGAUAAAUGUGAAAACUGAUCGAGCCACAGUUGCUAAAAAUGGUUAAAUGGCCACAUUUAAAUAGUUUGAUUAGAUGAAAGCAAUGAAAAAAAAAGUAAAUAGAUUUUUUUGAAAAAUGUUACUGCUUCUCACUGAGUUCAUUUUAGUGACGUAUGAUGAGCACAUCCCACUGGAUAGUACAGUAGGUAAAUGAAAAAAUAGAGAUUAUCUGCAACCUGGGCUAUGGCUCUAAAAACUUGGAGACUAGAGUGAAUGCAUUUUGGGUCUGGGUCUUCAGGACUUUCAUAAGGUUGUGAUGUCACUACACAACACAACACAACGAUCCCAUCUCAACACCGGUUGUAAUAAAUGGUUGUUGGGCGGCGCCUGCUCAGGCCUCCCUGUGACUACGGUAUGACCAAGAAACAGUUACUGCGUGCUGGGCUUCAUCUCCAGGUACAUUUUAACCUAUAUUACGUAUUGUUGCCUCAAAUUACACAUCAACAGCCAAAAUAUACUGUAUGGAAACACAGUGUAUCUGCUGUUUGUAUUAAGGAUACUUUUCUGAAUAACAUAUAUGUGUUUAUAUUAUUUAAUUAGUGAGCAGUUCAGGACUGUAGUCAUGAACACUGGUUAUAAUAACUGGUUGUACGGCAAUGCCUGCUCAGGCCUGCGAGAGCUGACCAAUCAGUGCAGACUGGGCUUUAAAGAGAUGGGAGCUAACAUAGAGUGUUCAGACAGAAGGGAAAUAGAAACAGUAUGAGAAAAAUAAUAACAUUUAAGCACAUAGAUUAGAUGCACCAAAAUAAAAGUAUGAACCUCAAAAUGACCUUAAAUCAGGACUUUAAAAUCAAUGGAUUACAUGUUUAAUCAUCCAUGUCUUGCAAUGGGAAAUUCUGACAUCGCCUGCCAAUCACUCAAAUAAGUUAAGUAUUCACAUUCAUUUUGGGCAGUUGAUUAUAUUGUGACUGUGAAUCAACAAUUAAGGAAGUAAGCACACUGUAGUAAAACUGGAUGUGAAGAAAGUUACAGAUUUCUGUUUAAAAAUGAUCAGUUUGUGGGAAAGGCAGGGAAAAAAAAGUUUUUUAAUGCAAUAAUAUGUAUAGACUGAUUUUUAUUAGAAAUGUACGUAAUAAAUAAAGUCCAUUGCCGUUC